AUUGCCAAAUAACAAUGCUAAACCACAACGAAAAAAGAAGAGAAAGAGAACAGAAAAUGGCGCCUAGGGUCUCGAAACGAAAGGCGAUGGAAGGGGACGAGGAGCAAGCCAAGCCUCAAGUUGUAGAGGCGGUGAAAAGAGUGACUCGAAGCAUGACAAGUAAGCCGGUCGCCAAAACUCAACCCAGCAAGGACAGACCAAAUGCAAAAGCAAAGGCCAAGGCCAAGGCUAAGACGAAGUCCAGUCCCAAGAGUCGAAAAGAAUCAGUGGAGGAUGCUGCUCACACAGCCAAAGCUUCGCCUGAGGGUUUGACUGCUGCCGACGGUGGGUCUUGCGACAAGACUGUAGUAAUAGAACACUGCAAGCAAUGCAAUUCUUUCAAGACAAGGGCCUUUCAAGUCAAAUAUGGUUUGGAGAAAGGUGUUCCUGGAGUCAAAGUUACGCUCAACCCUGAGAAGCCAAGAAGAGGAUGCUUUGAAAUACGAGAGGAAGGCGGAGAUACAUUCAUAAGUCUGCUGGACAUGAAGAGACCAUUUAAACCGAUGAAGGAUCUCUACAUGGAGAAGGUGAUCUCGGACAUCAUCGAAAAGAUUAAAUGAAGAGACCGUUGGUGUAUGAAGUUGGGGGCCUGUUGUAAUUGUUUUGGCUGAUUCACUAACAUGUGUUGGUGAAAACAGAACUUCAUUUUGUUUAACUUCAUCUUAAUUUUGUUGACCAUUAUUGUAAUGCUGUCGAGUAAAGAAUGAUCUUAGACAUGGUUACAUUUGAUAUCAUUGGCAGGCUGUGCUUGUAGUCGUAGGCCAAGCUACAUCGAGUCUGGCUUUUGUUAAAUGUGUCAAAUUGUGAUCUGAAUUC